AUGAUGAUGGCGAGUUCAAGAGAAGGUCAACAAGCUAAGCAAGAAGGUAGCAUCAUUAAUGCUGACAAAUUUUCCAAGGGAUCGUCCACUACAAGACAAUGGUCCGCGUUCAGAAAUCCAAGAAUUGUGAGAGUGUCGCGUUCUUUCGGAGGAAAAGAUAGGCACAGCAAGGUUUGCACAAUAAGAGGGUUGAGGGACAGAAGGAUUAGGCUCUCAGUGCCCACAGCAAUCCAGCUCUAUGAUCUUCAAGACAAGCUUGGGCUAAGCCAACCCAGCAAAGUGAUAGAUUGGUUGCUUGAAGCCACUAAGUUUGACAUUGACAAGCUCCCUCCACUUCAAUUCCCUCAGGGUUUUGGUCAAUUUCAUCAUCCACAAACCCUACUCCCCUUUCAUGAUUCAAGUGCCUCUCAGCUUUCUCUAGGACCCUUCUGCGAUUCUACCUCAACAUUUGCAAGGGAUGGUGGGAUUCAAAACCUCAUGGCAAAGUCAAGGUAUUGGGAUAGUAUAGAUCCCAUAUCAAGAUUAAAAGGCAAGGAAGCUGAAAAGGGCAAGUGGGUCAAAACAAAUGAGCAAGAAAAUCAUGAAGAUGAUGCUGUUGGAGACUACAACAACUUGCAUGUUUCUACUCAGAGGCUUUUCCCAAUGGGUAGUGGUACCACCACUACUCACUCCCUUUUACCUGGUUUGUUAAACAAUACCAUGUCAUAUAACCCCUACAAUGCUGAGCCUUCUAGUUUGUCCUUAUCCCAAUUUGGAGGAUAUGGGUUGUUUCCUACCCAGCAGGUAGAUCCCAGUCCAAGCGGUGGCAAUGGUGUGCAGUUCCCAUCUUCUAUGCCAUUACCUUCAUCUGGUUCUCAAAUUUUGUUUGGUUCAUCUUCUGCUACACCAUCAAUGUUUACCUAUGCUCCAUUUAUUACACCCUCAGUGGACAACGAUCCUAGACAGUUCAACCACAUCCAGUUCUUGAACUCAGGUUCUCAAGUCUUGCCUCAUUCUCUCAUGCCAUCUCUUCACUCGUUCAAUUCACAUGUCAGACCCUUCCCAGCAGCACCCUUUAAUUCAAAGCUUUUGGAUUCAGAUAGCAUCCGUAGCCAACAUGAUAAGGGUAGCACUUCUUGA